ACGAGAGAAGUGCAAUUUAUUCUUCUCCCUUCUGAAUCUCCACCCAAGGAAAAAUACAUCCAAAAGUUAAGAUUAUCACAUGGCUGACUCAGGAACGGCCGAUAGUCGUGGUGGACGUGGUGGUUUCGGACGUGGUUUCGGACGUGGUGGCGAUAGAGGCCGAGGCCGGGGACGCGGUCGAGGUCGUCGUGGUGCACGUAAGGAAGACGAUAAAGAAUGGGUUCCUGUUACGAAACUUGGACGUCUAGUCAAAGAAAACAAGAUCAAAACCAUCGAAGAAAUAUAUUUAUAUUCAUUUCCCAUCAAAGAAUUUCAAAUCGUAGAUCGCUUAAUCAGCACUACAUUAAAAGAUGAAGUCAUGAAGAUUAUGCCCGUUCAAAAGCAGACCCGUGCUGGUCAGAGGACUCGAUUCAAGGCUUUUGUUGUAAUUGGUGAUUCCAACGGACAUGUAGGUCUUGGGGUUAAAUGCUCCAAAGAAGUGGCGACAGCUAUUCGCGGUGCUAUUAUCCUUGCUAAACUUUCAGUAAUUCCUGUCCGACGUGGAUAUUGGGGUUCGUCUCUUGGUGAUCCUCACACUGUUCCUUGCAAGGUUACUGGCAGAUGUGGUUCCGUUAUAUGCCGUCUCGUCCCUGCUCCUCGCGGAACCGGUAUCGUCGCUGCUCCCACUCCUAAAAAACUUUUACAAUUAGCCGGUAUCACUGACUGUUAUACUACGUCUCGUGGCUCAACUCGUACUUUGGGUAAUUUUGUUAAAGCCACCUUCGCUGCCAUUGGCAAUACCUACGGCUUCUUGACCCCUGACUUGUGGAAAGAUAACGAACUUAAGCAGUCUCCAUAUCAAGAAUUCAGUGAUAUGUUGCAGAAGGCUCCUGACAAGAGGAAGAGUUAAGCUGUCGAUGUGUCAUUCUAAUUAUUCAACUGCUAUAACUUUUUUCUCAAGAAGACAGACUCUUAUCUUAAUAACAAUUUGUGUUCAUUCAAAUAAUAAAACAAAAAAUUUAUUUUAUGUUUGUGUGAAUAAUCAAUAUUGGUUUAUUACUUUGUAUAAUCAAUUUGAAAAUUUUUUUCUCUAUGUUAGAACUUACAGACAUUAAAUUGUACAAAAAGAAAAAUCAUAUUAAACGUUUUAUUAAGUGUUUCGUAGUUUCG